UGUAAUAAAUGUUAUAACGAGUGUAUUUCACUUUUAAAUACUCGCAUGCACUAAUAGUAAUACAAAUUACAAUACCGUGAAUACGGAAUCACAGACUCGUGAUUUUGCACAGUCACAGGGGCGUGCGCGUGGUGAGUGGUGAGAUUGCGUGGUGCAUGAGAAACCUGAUUUAAAAGGCUUUAUUUAGAUCAUGGCUAUGCAUUGAGAUGUACCACCUAUACCCUCACACAGUCACUUCUCAAACUAUAUACCAUUAGUUGAGCAUGCCGCAUUUAAAACCACAGCACAAGACACAACCUUUGUGGAAAACCUGGGAUAAUCUAGCACAGAAGAAAGGAAUCCGGCAUACAGUAUAUGCUGUGAAUGGUGAUGAAUACACUGGAGAAUGGCUGAACAACCAUAAACAUGGCAAAGGUACUGAAAAGACUCAAUCAACUGGUGCGAUAUAUGACGGUGAUUGGAAAUGGGGAAAGAGAGAUGGCUUUGGAACAUACAGUGUGCCUGAUGGCGAAGGCAUCUACAUUAAGCAGUACUCAGGCGGCUGGAGGAAUGGUUUGAAACAUGGAUAUGGUAUGUUUUUCUAUGGGAAAAAAGUAUUCUAUGAGGGAGAAUGGAAAGAAGGAAAACGCAGUGGUUGGGGAAGAAUGGUAUAUGAUGACGGCUCCAUAUAUGAAGGAGAAUGGCAAAACGAUUUAAGACAUGGAGAUGGAAUGCUAAGGCUGCCGAAUGAGAACCGCUACGAGGGUUCGUGGAAGGCCGAUAGGAAGAACGGUCCGGGGAAGUUCUACUACCUUGACAGAGGUCAGCAAUACAAUGGUGUGUGGGUGGAUGACGUGCCGCGGUGUGGGGCUCUUACAGACUACGGUCGGUCCAGCGCACCCAUGCCAACGAAAUAUGUCAUCCCAGAGUGUGCGCUGGAGAACGUAGGAGAGGUGUUGCUGGAGGCGAGCGAUGAUUUACAGCAGCUGGAGAAACGAACAAAGACCGAUGCAAAACGAUUGGCUCCAACUAGCGCGUGAACAUUCUAGUAUAGUUAAUAUCCACGCCGUGUAAUAUAUGCCACUAUUUACUACACAUGCUGAUGGCGUGGCUUUUAACUCGUGGGCGUGUGUGCAAAUAUACGUGUACCGCGUAGUGAAUCAUCCUUAUUAAACUUGAUCUUAUAGCUAUACUUCAUAGCCAUGUACAGGCCUGCGGCAACAUUCCCAAUGGUAUACGUAAAGCUAACCUGAUAUAUCGAUGUGAAAUUUCGUUUCGAUAUCCCACAGUAUCGAUGUUAUCAGUAACUAUAAUUUAUGUCUGUUGCCAAGCUAUGCCCUGCAUCUAUGUAUAAUUUUCCAAUAUUCUUAUACUAUUAUUUUAUUACAUAAUAUUAUUAAUCUGAUAUCAGCAUGUUGGAUUGUUUAUAAAGAAACAACAGUAAAA